GCUGCCGGCGCCCCUCCUCCGCUGCCCUACUUCCCUCCUCACGGCCCCCCUGCCCAGCCCCUGCCGCAGUCUGGUGCCGCGGCCGCGCCCAGACCCCGGAGCCGUUCAGCGUGCUGCAAAAUGGACUCUGAGGGCUCGGCGGGCGCGGGCUGCGCUCCCAGCCCGUAAGCAAAAUGGCGGCUGUUUGGCUUCGCCUUGGUAACCCUGCCCCUGUCAGGCGGGGCGGGUGAGCCCCGUGCAGGGGGAGGGAGGGGAGAGCGGACGCCAUUUUCCCAGAGAGAGGCAGUGACAUAGAAGGGAGCGUAGGAGGCUGGAGGGAGGGAGGCACGGGAGCAGCGGCGGUAGCACCGGGGUUUGUACACAGGUCCCAGGGCAAAGGCGCCUUUGAGCUGGUCCCUGUAGGGUUCUGCGCACUGAGCUAGGUUUGGGGGGAGGGGGGGUCUCCUCUUUCCCUUUCCUUUCUUUUACUAGAGCUUGCUGAGGGCUGAGUCCUACCUAGGGUAGGGAUAUCCGCAGUGGGGCUGUUGCAUUGUUUUGGUUGGGAUAGAGAAGGGGCUCAGCUGAGGAGUCCUGCUGCCUGGCCUGUGACCAUUACAGUCCCAUAUUUUGUCUAACUUCCACUGAGAGAGGAAAAGGAGUGAAGAGAGAGAAGAGGGUUUGUGGAUGCACUUAGAUGUUUGCAAUGAGCACUGUGGCUGGCAUGCCCCAGUGUUUUGGAUACCAAUGCAUAGGACUCCGUAGUAAUCGAAUUUAUCAGAAACGAACGUCAUGAGCAUAGUGAUCCCAUUGGGGGUUGACACAGCAGAUACUUCUUAUUUGGAAAUGGCUGCAGGCUCAGAACCAGAAUCUGUAGAAGCUAGCCCUGUGGUAGUUGAAAAAUCGAACAGUUAUCCACACCAGUUAUAUACCAGCGGCUCGCAUUCACACAGUUACAUUGGUUUGCCCUAUGCAGACCAUAACUAUGGUGCUCGGCCUCCUCCAACGCCUCCAGCUUCUCCUCCUCCAUCAGUGCUUAUAAGCAAGAAUGAAGUAGGAAUAUUUACCACUCCCAACUUCGAUGAAACCUCCAGUGCUACUACCAUCAGUACGUCAGAGGAUGGAAGCUAUGGAACGGAUAUUACCAGAUGCAUUUGUGGCUUUACACAUGAUGAUGGAUAUAUGAUCUGUUGUGACAAAUGCAGUGUCUGGCAGCACAUUGACUGCAUGGGGAUUGACAGACAGCAUAUUCCUGACAUAUAUCUGUGUGAACGUUGCCAGCCCAGGAGUUUAGAUAAAGAAAGAGCAGUGCUAUUGCAACGAAGGAAAAGGGAAAAUAUGUCAGAUGGGGACACCAGUGCAACAGAGAGUGGUGAUGAGGUUCCUGUGGAACUGUAUACUGCUUAUCAGCAUACACCAACAACAAUUACUUUAACUGCUACAAGAGUUACAAAAGUCAACGAUAAGAAGAGGAAAAAAAGUGGAGAGAAAGAACAGAACAUAGCAAAAUGUAAAAAAGCAUUUCGGGAAGGAUCCAGGAAGUCUUCAAGAGUAAAGGGCUCAGCUCCAGAGAUUGAUCCUACUGACAGUUCAAACUUCGGAUGGGAAACUAAAAUCAAGGCAUGGAUGGAUCGUUAUGAAGAAGCAAAUAAUAACCAAUACAGUGAAGGUGUCCAGAGGGAGGCACAAAAAAUAGCUCUCAGAUUAGGCAAUGGAAAUGACAAAAAAGAAGUCAGCACCAGCAAUCUGAUUUUCAAACCUCCAGUAGAGAGUUACGUGCAAAAAAACAAGAAAAUUUUAAAGGCUGCCAAAGACUUGCCUCCCGAUGCACUUAUUAUUGAAUACAGAGGAAAGUUCAUGCUGAGAGAACAGUUUGAAGCUAAUGGAUAUUUCUUUAAAAGGCCAUACCCAUUUGUUUUGUUUUACUCCAAAUUCCAUGGGCUAGAAAUGUGUGUUGAUGCAAGGACUUUUGGAAAUGAAGCUCGAUUUAUCAGGCGUUCGUGUACACCAAAUGCAGAGGUGAGGCAUGUAAUUGAAGAUGGAACAAUUCAUCUUUAUAUUUACUCGAUCCAUAACAUUCCAAAGGGAGCAGAGAUUACCAUAGCGUUUGAUUUUGAUUAUGGAAAUUGUAAAUACAAAGUGGAUUGUGCUUGCCUCAAAGAAAAUCCUGAGUGUCCAGUUCUGAGACGUUCUGAGCCUACAGAAAACAUCAAUACUGGAUAUGAAACUAGAAGGAAAAAGGGAAAGAAAGAGAAGGAUGUUUCAAGAGAAAAGGAGACUCAAAAUCAGAACAUCACAUUGGAUUGUGAAGGAGCAGCCACCAAAAUGAAAAUUGCAGAUAAUAAACAGAGGAAGCUCUCUCCCCUCAGGCUGUCCAUUUCCAAUAAUCAGGAGCCAGAUUUUAUUGAUGAUAUAGAAGAAAAAACUCCCAUUAGCAAUGAAGUAGAAAUGGAAUCAGAGGAGCAGAUUGCUGAAAGGAAAAGGAAGAUGACAAGAGAAGAACGGAAAAUGGAAGCUAUCCUGCAAGCUUUUGCCAGACUAGAAAAAAGAGAAAAAAGAAGAGAACAGGCUUUGGAAAGAAUCAGCACAGCAAAAACAGAGGUUAAAUCAGAAUGCAAGGAACCACAGAUUCUCAAUGAUGCUGAAUUUAUUCAGGAACCGGCAAAAGAAGAAACUGCCACCAAGCCCACCCCAGCGAAAGUCAAUAGAGCUAAACAGAGGAAAAGCUUCUCCCGGAGUAGAACUCACAUUGGACAGCAGCGCAGGCGACACAGGACCGUCAGCAUGUGUUCAGACAUUCAGCCCUCCUCUCCUGAUGUGGAAGUAACUUCACAGCACAACGAAACUGAGAAUGCAGCACUGGUAGCUGAGCCUGAAACAGAAACUGUUGUUACAGAAAUGGUUACUGAAACAGAAGCUCCAGCACUUAGUAAAUGCCCUACUAAGUAUCCCAAAACAAAGAAGCACUUGGUUAGUGAAUGGUUAAGUGAAAAGAGUGAUAAAGCAGGGAAGCCUACAGACACUCUACCAGAAAGGCCUCUUCGCAUAACCACCGACCCUGAAGUUCUGGCUACUCAGCUCAAUUCUUUACCUGGUCUCACUUACAGUCCACACGUGUAUUCAACUCCAAAGCACUAUAUCCGUUUUACUUCUCCAUUCCUUUCAGAGAAGAGGAGGAAAAAAGAACCUGUGGAAAACAUUACUGGCUCUUGUAAGAAGCGUUGGUUGAAGCAGGCUUUGGAAGAAGAAAAUUCAACAACAAAUGAUAGAUUUAAUUCACCAUCACAAGAGAGAUCUAGAAGUCCGGCCAUCAAUGGUGAACAUAAAAGUCCUUUGUUACUGAAUGACAGCUGUUCCUUAACAGAUCUAACCACACCACUAAAAAAACGAAGACUAUAUCAGCUGUUGGAGUCUGCUUUCUCAGAAACCUCCACACCUACUCCUUCUCCCUAUGCCACACCAACCCAUGCUGACAUCACUGCCUCUGAACCAUCGUUGUUUGCUACUCCUCCAAGGGUGAAAACCGAAGAUGAAGCUUGUCGAAAUGGUUACAAACCCAUAUAUUCACCAGUUACUCCUGUAACUCCAUGUAUACAUGGAAAUACAAUGCACUUUGAGAAUAUUUCCUCACCUGACAGUUCCCCAGAAAUAAAAAGGCGAGCUUACAGCCAAGAGGGUUAUGACAGAGCAUCGAUUCUAGCACUGAAUUCUUUCAGAAAUUCCAACCUGACAGAAAUGGGCCUGCAAGAAAUAAAGACUAUUGGAUAUUCUAGUCCAAGAAAUAGGACUGAUGUCACACGGCAGUGCACUGGAGAAAUGGAAUCUGUGUCAGACCUCCAGCUGGGACUCGAAGUAAUUGAGCAAAGUGCACUGCAUAAAAACCUGGAAGCCCCCACACAUGAUAGGACUGAUUCGAACAGCCAAUUAGAAACUGCUCAUUGUGGACGGGGCACAAUGUAUUCUUCCUGGGUGAAAAGUCCUGACAGGACAGGUGUAAAUUUCUCAAUGAAUUCUAAUUUGAGGGACUUGACCCCUUCACAUCAGUUGGAGGUAGGAGGUGGAUUCAGAAUAAGCGAGUCGAAGUGCCUGAUUCAAGAGGACGCAAGAGGCAUGUUCAUGGAAGCAUCUGUUUUUUGUACUUCAGAAGAUGGAAUUGCACCUGGCUUUGGAAGGACUGUCAAUAAUGACAGUUUGAUGGAUGGAAAUUGCACACCCCAGAACCCUCCACAAAAGAAAAAGGUGUCCUUGUUAGAAUACCGUAAGAGGCAACGUGAAGCUCGAAAAAGUGGUUCAAAGACAGACAGCUUCCCCAUGGUUACUGUAUCUCCUCAUGCUGCUGGUGGAGGAAAUACAAGUAGUAAUAAUGGUGCUAGUGAAGGCUAUAACAACAGUGGAGAAAAUGGGGAGCAAGCUGAUAACACUGCAAGCCUGCCUUUACCACUGCCAACUACUGUUUAUAAUGCAGCUCCAGAAGACACUGGCAACAACUGUGCAGUUAAGGAAUCUUCUUCCAGUGAGAAGAGUGAACCCGAAGUUCAGUGGACUGCAUCAACCUCUGUGGAACAAGUGAGAGAACGAAGUUACCAGAGAGCUUUACUUCUCAGUGAUCAUAGGAAAGACAAGGACAGUGGGGGAGAAUCACCUUGUAGGCCAUGCUCACCGUCUCAUGUUCAGUCUCCAUCUCAUUCAAAUCUCAUUUCCCAGUUGCAGCUUAAGGUCCCUUCUUUCACUGAGAUUACAGAAGAACCUGAUUCUGAAAAUCCAGAGCCAACUUCUGAAUGUCCGUCCCCAGAUACUUCACAAAGGACUUGUAAGAGUCCAUCAAAAGCAAGCAAGCCCUCUUCACCGAGUCCUGUAGUUUCAGCACAGCCACUUGGGAAAACGCCCACAAAACCAGAUUCGCACUGGGAAACUGCAGCUAAUGCACCUGAGACUGAAUGUGCGAAUCAUCCAAAAUCUGAGCUGCAACAGAAACAGCUGACCAACAACGUCCAAGCACUUUCAAAAACUCAUCCAUCUCAGUCACAUCUGCGCAGCUCUGCUGAGCAACUUUCACAUUCACAGAAGUUGCCUUCUGCACCUUUGAAGCUGCAUUGCCCCCCUUCACCUCACGUAGAAAAUCCCCCCAAGUCUUCUACCCCUCACGCGCCUGUGCAGCACGGUUACCUUUCACCAAAGCCUCACUCACAGCAGCUGGGAUCUCCAUACAGACCUCAUCAUCCACAGUCACCUCAAGUUGGAACUCCCCAGAGGGAAACACACAGAAACUUCUACCCUGCAGCACCGACCCUCCAGCCCAGUAAUCAGGCGCAGGCGAGCGGCCCGCUCUUCACUCAGACAACAUCAGGACAAUCUUCAGCUUCCUACAGCCAGUUUAACCAACAAAAUUUGAACAGCAAUGCGCCACCUCCCCCACCCCCUCCACCCCCUUCUUCUACUUACUAUCAAAGCCAGCAGACCUCUGGAAACUUUCAGAGCUACAGCCAGCUGAAGGGCAGCAUACCCCAACAGACUGUGUUUUCAUCUGGACCAAAUCAAGCACUUCCUGGCACUGCAGGUCAGCAAACGGUGCCAGGACACCACGUAGCUGCAGGGCAUUUUUUGCCCUCUCAGAACCCCAGUAUUCAUCACCAGGCAUCGGCAUCUGCUGCUCCUCCUCCUCCUCCACCACCACCUGCUCCAGGCCCCCACCACGUCCAGCAGCAAAGUACUCAUCAGCAGCACUCUGUAGCACAUGUUGUCGGUCCAGUUCACGCCAUGGCAGUGGCUCCUGGAUCACACAUUCAUUCUCAAGCUGCUGGUCACCAUUUGCCACCACCACCUCCACCACCAGGUCCUCUCCCCCACCACCAACCUCCCCAUCCUUCCACGGGACACCAAGGUUUGCAAGCACAACACCAGCACGUUGUAAACUCGGCGCCGCCUCCCCCGCCGCCCCCUCCCUCCAGCGUGAUGGGCUCGGGGCACCACCCGCCCUCAGCACAAGGGUUGCACCACCCCUCUCACCAAGGACCCCCCCACUUCCCCUCCGGCGCUCACACGAGCGUCUCCUCCUACUCCUCGCAAGCCCCGCAUCACACGACGUUAGGACCUGGACCUCAACAUCAGCCUGCUGGCACAGGAUCUCAUUGCCCACUCCCUGGUCAGGGGCCUCACAUCCAACCUCAAGGACCAAACAGUAUUGCAACACCGACUGCUUCCGGCUUCUGCCCUCACCCCGGCUCCGUGAGCCUUCCCCACGGAGUGCAGGGGCAGCAGCAGGCCUCGCCCGUGCCAGGACAGAUCCCCAUCCACAGAGCACAGGUGCCACCCACCUUUCAGAACAAUUACCAUGGGUCAGGGUGGCAUUAAAACAGAUCCCUUUAGUUAUAAGCAUUUUUAAAAUGUUCUGUAAUAUAAACUCUGUAUAUUUAAUAUGUACCUAUUCAAGGUACUUUUUAAAGCUUGUACAUGAUACUUUGUAUAAAAGCAAACACCAGUGCUCUUCCAUUGUAUCCUUUCCAUUUUUUUGCUUUUUAAAAUUCCUGAAAACGUGCUGUUAAGCCAGUAUUAGGUAUUUCUUUUUAUUUUGUAAGUGGACAUUCCAGCUGUUUUUUCUGGCAGUAGGUUUGAUGCUGCAUAAUGUUUAAAAUUUUAUUGUUGCAGUUAAAUUCAUUUAGUGAAAGUUUUCUAUAUUACUUUUAUACAUAUGUAAUUAAAUAAGUACACAGGCUAAGUGAUGGCACUAACAAUUUUUUUUUCCAUUUUCUGUCAACAGUUUUUUGUGUGCAUAGAGAUAGGAAACAAUGCAAUACAGAUUUUUAUAGUUUUGGUGUGGACAUGGCUUUUUGUUUCAUCAGUUAUUUGCAGAAAUUGUAAUUUAAUGUAUAGACUGUUUCUAAUGUCUCAGACGAGUGCUGUAAAUACUGUAUUUCUUUCGCUUGUAAAGUUGCUUAAAGCUUCUUUCAUUUGAUAUAGUAUUGUAUAUAAUAAGUCUUUUGCAAAAAAAGGUGUGAUCUUUGUGAAAGUAGUACAGUAUAUGAUCUUUAAUUUUUUUAAUAUACUGUCACAUUGCAGCACUGGUUGGGCAUUUUAAUUCAUGUUAAUAAAUCACAAUUAUGUCAGUUUUA